AUGUACCAGCGCGAGCCCCAACAAUCCCCCUAUGCCCACCCGAACAUCGCCCCCCCACAGCGCCAGCCAUACGCUCAGCAGUACUACCACCAGCCACAGCCACCCGCCAACUACCCCUACCCCCAACAGCAGCACUUCCAGCCGCCCCCACAGCGUCACAAGGGCACCCUCGCCCCGGGGCAGAUCGUCUCGGUGGGUGAUCACCAAGUACGCAUAGAGCGCUAUCUCUCAGAGGGCGGCUAUGCCCACGUAUACCUCACCACCUCGGAGCGGCCCAUAUACACUCCGAGCAAGAACCCUGACAAGAAGGGCAGAUGGGGCGAGAAGGGGUACACCCAGCAUUGUCUCAAGCGCAUAGCCUUCCAGGACGACCAUGUCUGGAUCGACGUCAAGAAGGAGAUUGAGGUCAUGAAAUCGCUGCCUCCCAAUCCCCAUCUCGUGCAGUAUCUCGGGCACUCGCAUGCCCGCCUGCAGACCGGAGGCCACGAGGUGUUUAUUCUGAUGGAGUUUUGUUCAGGUGGGGGUAUCAUUGACCUCUUGAACAAGCGACUACGUGACAGGUUGAAGGAGAUUGAGAUUCUCAAUAUAUUCACCGAUGUUUGCGAGGCCGUGGCUGCCAUGCAUGCCCUCAAGCGUCCACUGUUACAUCGAGACCUCAAAAUUGAGAACGUCCUCUCUCAACCCCUGUCUUCACCUCCGACUCCCCAACGCCCCACCCCUCUGAUGUUCAAGCUCUGUGAUUUCGGGUCCACGACAUUCCCAACUGAUCGGCCGCCCCAGACAAAACUGGAAGCGGACGCCUUGGCGAUGGAUCUGAACAAGAAUACCACCCUGCAGUAUAGGAGUCCAGAGAUGGUCGAGCCGAUGCUAGGGUUGCCAGUUGGGUUACCGAGUGAUGUAUGGGCGCUUGGGUGUCUCUUGUAUAAGCUCUGCUACUACACGACUCCCUUUGAGGAACAUGGGCCUCUGGCUAUUGUCAACGCAAAGUAUACGUUCCCUCCUGUCCCUCAGUAUUCUCCCCGCCUCCAGCACCUGAUCGCUUCCAUGUUGGUGGAACAGCCUGUCAGACGGCCGACAGUCUUUGAGGUGUUGCGUAUGUCUCAUGAUAUGAGCGGUACCAGGCCCGAAGUGGACUAUCCCAUGCCAUCGCGGUCCAUCCCUCAACAUGCCCCGCGGCCAACGAAACCCCACUCUUCAGCUUCAUCCAACAACCUCUUGGACAUGUCCGACUCUCCCUCUCGCAGGACGCCAGUCAUGCAGCCUUCCAUGGUCCCCAGCGUCCAGCCCCAGCGACGUGGCCGUCCCGCCCGGGAAGGUGGCGCGAAACCUACCACUCCCGGUGUUGCAUCGCCUCAACCAUCUCCCGGCUGGCAAUACACUCCCAAGAGUCAACAGCCCCAGCCGACGUCGAGUGCUGCUCUGGUCAAGCCCACGCCAAAGGUGCAGAUCACUGGGGACACUUUACAAUCGCUCUCGAGAACGGCGCCGUCGUCUGCUAUUGCAAAGUCGCCUUCACCCGUCGACGCGUUCGGGAUGCCGGCAUUGGCAUCGCAAAAGACGACGAGCUCUGGCUUUGGGGAUGCGUUUGGUGUACCGCCUUCUGGUGUGAGGGGUAUGCAGACUGGGGCGAGCACGAAUUCGGCAAGGUUUGGACAGGGAGUGCCGUCCAAGAAACCUUCGGGAUUCAGCGACUCGUUUUCCAACACGUCCAACUUUUCUCAUUCCUCGUCCAUGUCUUCCCGGCCUGGCGUGUCGCGGCUUCCUUCCGGUCCUAGACCACCCUCUGCUGCGUCUACAGCUUCCACAAAGACCACCAGGCAGCAGCUCACUUCCUCGCCGUCCUCCAUGCUUUCGCGCCAACAGACGAACCAAUCGUCUAGUCAGCCAUCUUCUAUACCCGAAGGAGACUUGUCUUUCGAGUCUCGUUAUCCGAGCGUUGAGACGCUGGACAGCGAAGACGGUUUUACCCCGCCCGUUUCAGGCGCAGAACGUCUAAUCUCCCCUAUGGUAUCUCCUCCCUCCGCCGUACCUACCGGCGCUAGCUCCAGCACGACCUCAUCCAACCUCACCCAGUCCAACAACUCCAACACCGCCCGUCCCCCCCAACCCCGUCUCUUCACCCGUCCCUCACUCAUGGGCAACCUCACAGGCGGCGACCUCAAAUCCCCACCUCUCUCUGAAAACAGACAAGGUCUAUCAAAGGGCCAGCAAGCGAGGUCGACGCAUGUGACGGGCACGGCGUUCAGGGAUCAAAAGUCGCCUGCACCCACGCAGCCUGCGAACCAGGCGCCGCAGGGGGCCGAGGUUGAUUACUUUGGGCCGUUGGAGUCGGAUGAUGAGAAGGAGCCGAUUGUUGAGAGGAAGGAGUCGGUUGCUGAAAAGGCAGAGACGCCGGAGAAGGAGAUCGAGGUCAGGCCGAAGAAUUUGAUGGAUGACGAAGAUCCUUCUCUCCUCCAGGUCCCUCUUUUACCAGGCCGCUCCACCUCGCCCGCAUCCGCUUCGGGCCAAUCGUCUCCCGGCAAACCUACCUCCUUGAAGCUCGAUGCUGCGGGUGCAGCAGCUCAAGCGACAGGCAGGUCCAAUAUCAUGAGCGAAGAAUGGUCGCCCCUCGAAGAUAUGCGCCGUAAAGACGCCGAGGAGCGGACUCGGGCGAGGGAAAGGGCAGAAAAGGAAAAGAGGGAUGCCGAUGCGGGUCGAGUCACCGAGAGGACGAGGUCGGAUGAUCCUGAAGUGGACUCGAGCGAAGAUGAUGAAGGGCCUGAAGAGCCUAAUCGGUUCAAUCGCCAGCCGCCGCCUGCUAAAUCCCUUGUUGAGCCGCCCCGGCCAUCUACCCAGCGCGUCCCUUCGGGAGACAGGACGAGACCCCAGUCCAUGUUCCUUCCUUCUUCGACAAAUUCGUACUCGCGUCCUUUGGCGAGAUCACCCGGGGCUGGAUCGCCGUCAUUCGCUUCUCCUCCCAACACUUCUGUAUCCCAACCUAGUGCUGGCGCUACGGGUGGAUCAGGACUUGGUAGGAAAGGUUCCAUCAACGGGAUCGUUUCGAGGUACGAAGGCUUGACAGUGAGCGGAAAUACUACCGCCAGAGACAGCAGCAGGCGACCGGUGAGCCAAUAUGGUGCACCUCCUGCCGAUACUCGUCCAAACACGAAUGGUCUUUCUCGAAAACCAUCUGUCGCUAGCAAACCCAUGGCUCUCAGAAAGUCCACCGCCGAGAUCAGGCAAUCCCAACCUUCGACAUCCCCUACCAAACCCUCGCAGGUGUCUCCGACUAGCCCUGUGAAACCGAAAACGGCAACGCAGGCCAAGCCUGUCGCUGAAAAUAACAACUACUCUGGAAGUACAUAUGUACGUCCGGGGAUGACGAGGCCGGUGGUGAAACCCAAGCCUACUCUCAAUACCACACUGGGUCAAUCCAAGAAGCCAGCUUCCCCAAUUGUGCGAGCACAGCCCCCGCGCGAGCAGCAGAGUGGAGGCCGAGCGGAUGAUAGGCUCGAGAAAAGCAGCUCGGGGUCGCAGUCGCCUGAAAAGCAGCAGCCGGUCAAUGCCCUCAUUCAGAGGUGGAACAAGGGGGAGGUGAACAAUUCAUCAGCGAAUAUUCCAAAAGUGAACCGAGGAGGGUAUAUAUAAGGACAUUAAUGAACAAAUCAACGUUGAAGAAGGAAAAUUGUCUUGUCAAAGCUUGAUUAUACUGUAACGUACGUAACUGCAUAGAACGAUUUUGAUGCAUAGGUUCUUG